AAAAGAAAAGAAAAGAAAUUCUCGCGUUUGUUGAGCUGCUUUCCUUCCUUCCUUCCUCUCUCGCUCUCCGCUGGCUGGCUGGCUGUAGAAGUAUGCUGGAGUAAAUUUGUGCGACAUACAGAAGAUUCUAAAACCUGCUUGUUCAAUUUUGUGAAUUCCAAAAGUUGCCUAUUUAUCGAUUGUCCAAUUACAUCAUGGUUGCUACUGCGGCUGCUGCUACUUCCUCUUUCUUUCCAGUUCCUUCUCAAUCUGCGGAUGCUAAUUUCGAUAAGGCACCUGCAAGCUUAGGUGGAAUCAAAUUAAAAUCUACCUCUUGCUCUCGGGGUUUACAGGUUAAGGCAAAUGCGCAAGCCCCUCCCAAGAUAAACGGAUCCUCGGUAGGAUUCACAACAUCUGUGGAAACUGUGAAGAAUGACGGUGACAUGCCAUUACCACCACCCCCUAGGACUUUUAUCAACCAAUUACCUGAUUGGAGCAUGCUUCUUGCUGCUAUUACAACUAUCUUUUUGGCUGCUGAAAAGCAGUGGAUGAUGCUUGACUGGAAACCAAGGCGGCCUGACAUGCUUAUCGACCCGUUUGGUAUAGGUAGAAUUGUUCAGGAUGGUCUUAUUUUUCGCCAGAACUUCUCCAUAAGAUCAUAUGAAAUUGGUGCUGAUCGUACAGCGUCCAUAGAGACAUUAAUGAAUCAUUUACAAGAAACGGCCCUCAAUCAUGUUAAGACUGCUGGACUUCUUGGGGAUGGAUUUGGUUCAACCCCAGAGAUGAGCAAAAGGAACCUCAUAUGGGUGGUUACUCGGAUGCAGGUUCUGGUGGAUCGUUACCCAACAUGGGGUGAUGUUGUUCAAGUAGAUACUUGGGUGAGUAAAUCAGGAAAGAAUGGCAUGCGGCGUGAUUGGUGCGUCCGUGAUAGUAGAACUGGUGAACCUUUAACGAGAGCAUCCAGCGUGUGGGUGAUGAUGAAUAAACUGACUAGGAGGUUAUCUAAAAUUCCCGAAGAAGUUCGAGGAGAAAUAGAGCCUUAUUUUCUGAAUUCUGAUCCUAUUGUGGAUGAGGAUAGCAGAAAACUGCCAAAGCUUGAUGAUAGCAAUGCGGACUAUGUCCGCAAAGGUCUAACUCCUAGAUGGAGUGAUCUAGAUAUCAACCAACAUGUUAACAAUGUGAAAUACAUUGGCUGGAUUCUUGAGAGUGCUCCACUGCCAAUACUGGAGAGUCAUGAACUCUCUGCCAUUACUCUGGAGUAUAGGAGGGAGUGCGGGAGGGACAGUGUACUGCAGUCUCUGACUGCUGUAUCCGGCAAUGGUAUUGGAAAUUUGGGAAAUGCUGGUGAUAUUGAGUGCCAGCACUUGCUUCGACUUGAGGAUGGGGCUGAGAUAGUGAGGGGAAGGACUGAGUGGAGGCCAAAGUACAGCAGCAACUUUGGUAUUAUGGGUCAGAUUCCAGUCGAAAGUGCUUAAGAGUUGCUGUCUUUGUCGACUGGAGUGGCAUUAGUCUCCUCCUAAUGUCACAACUCACAAAGCCUUUGUAGAAAUCCUCCUUCGUUCAGUUAUUGGAGUUAUAUAUGUUUCUUUUUUUUUUUUUUGAUAUAUAUAUAUUUAUAUAUUCUUUUUCUCAUUUCAUGGAAAAGGGGAAGUUGUAAGCUCGUGUAAUUAAGUUGCUGAACUCUUUAUCUCUCACUUUCACUCUCUUUCUCUCUCCUUUGAAGUGGCUCUGCUUUUGGAACCUGAAAGAGUCAAAUUUGUCAUGGGAGAAGCUCUCUCUCUCUCUCUCUCUCUCUCUCUCUUGCUUGCCAACAGCCUGUUCAACUUGGUUGGUGUUAGCAUGUUCCGACAUGGCCCCUACUCCCGAUUGUCUGGAUGCUUCAGAAUUAUGGCCUUCAUUAGGGGGAACACAUGUAUAUUUGCGGCAUUCUUUUAUUACUUUUUUAUCCCUUGUUAAUUUAGGAAUCGACAGAAAACUGGAUUUGAUGGUUCAUUUAUUAUUUUUGAGUAGUAGUUAUUAUCAUUGA